UCCAUCACCCCGCCGCCCAUGCUGAGCGCCGACGACCUGCUGGGCUCCCCCACCUUGCCUGACUGCGCCAGCAACCCCUUCACGUUCUCCAGCCAGGAGCUGGUCAGUCUCUUCGCCCCCAGCAUGGGGGUACAGGUGCCCAGCGGGAGCUCCCCCACCACCUUCUUGUUCAGGCCCAUGUCUGAGUCCCCCAACAUGUUUGACUCGCCGCCCAGUCCUCAGGACUCCCUCUCUGACCAGGAGGGCUAUCUGAGCAGCUCCAGCAGCAGCCACAGCGGCUCAGAUUCCCCUAUCCUGGACACCUCAAGACGUCUUCCCAUCUUCAGCAGACUCUCCAUCUCCGACGACUAAUCUGGGGUUUCCUCUCGCUCCCUCCCCCAGCCUCUAUUACGAUGUUAAGCU